AUGGACUCCCCGUCUGGAACUCCGCAACCCACCGCAAUGCUCGACCCAACCUUCCACAUCACAGCCCCGCGCCUGCACCUCUCCUACCUCGACCCCACCAACGACGCCCACAUGGCCUUCGCCGUGCACCUCUACAGCUCCCCCGAAAUGCUCGCCGUCGCCGCCCAAACCGGCGCCAGCGUGGCCAAACCGCAGACCAUCUCCGACGCCCGCGCCGCCCUGCUGCCCGCCAUGCAGCGCCUCGCCACCACAGGCCGCGGACGCUACAUCAUCUCCCUGCGCAACCCGGACGUCGCGUUCGUCGAUGAGCAAGACCGCGAGUUCAUCGGCAUCGUGUCCAUGCAGCAGCAGCGCUACCCAGCGCGCCCGUGCCCCGCGCUGCCGGACCUCGGCUUCGGGCUGCUGGCGAAGUACUACGGGAAGGGGUACGCGGGCGAGGCGUGCGGCGCGCUGAUGCAGCAUUUCCGGGAGACGAAGGGGUGCGCGCGGUUUGCGGGGUUUACGCACCCGGAGAAUGUGCAGAGCCAGAAGCUGUUCCGCAGCUUGGGGUUUGAGGAUAGGGGGGUCAUGGAUGUGGCGGGGAUUGUGGGGAAGGAGGGGGAUGCGGCGAGGGUCUCGGUUUGGGUGAAGGGGGCGGCGCCUGAGGUGGAUCUGGGUGAGCUGGGGAUUGGGCCGGGGAGCGAGGGGAGGGGCGAGUGA